GGCGGAGUUUUGCGGAUUGGAUGCGGAUAACGUGUGCGCGGAUGCGGGUCGGACGCGGUGCCAAAAAUCUCAUCCGCGCAGGGCAGGGCUCUACGAGUCUUCUUCUGGCGCUUGGCUUGGCUUGGCCGCUGCUUGGCUACUUCGGUGGUUUGGCCGUUUGGUCGGUUUGGUUUUCAGCUGUUGUUGAAAAGCAGUGGAAACAUGGAGUUGUCUGCGUCCCUUACGCGAGGUGUGACUAAAGCUGGAAACAAAGCUGAAAUAGGUGACAGCGAGUAUGCGCAGCUUGUGACCAUGAUUUUCCAAGUGGCUGUAUCGCGCGAUUUUGAAGGACAUGCCUUCGACGGUCGCGGCGACCUGCAAGAUGCUGUGAAGGAGGCUGGGGCUGGUCUCCUAGCGCUAAUCGUUGAGAGCGCAAAGAGAGACUUUGAUGAGUCCUUGUUACGGCUCCAGCUGGAAGAGUGCAAGAUGCCCGGCGACCGCGUCAAUGUUAUUCUCGAAAAUUACAAGAAACAUAAACACGCGAUUCGUAUGAGACUCAGUGAGCUAAGCACUGGACGACCUCCUCACUUAGUGGGCGUUGACUGGGCAAUGGAUUACCGCGUGAAGCAUGGACAUUUGACUCGUUUAGAUGAACCCGUUUUCCGAGUUAACCUUGGAAAUGACGCCACGUCGUUUGAAUGUAACCUGGCGCAAAUGCAGGACUUGGUUCACACGCUCAGAGAUGCUGUGAAGUGUGUUCAGGGGAAAGUGCAAGGCGACGUUGCCUGAAGAUUGAGACAUUUACGUGCGAUGGAUGUAUUAUAUGUAACAAAAAGCACUGAAAACAGCACUGUUCGCAUGAAUCGUAAAAAUGUUGCUCGUAUGGUC